UACGCCAGAGCAAGAUGGCCGACGCGGCGGCCACAGCUGGGGCCGGUGGCUCCGGAACGAGAUCGGGAAGUAAACAGUCCACUAACCCUGCCGAUAACUAUCAUCUGGCCCGGAGGAGAACCCUGCAGGUGGUUGUGAGCUCCUUGCUGACAGAGGCAGGGUUUGAGAGUGCCGAGAAAGCAUCCGUGGAAACGCUGACAGAGAUGCUACAGAGCUACAUUUCAGAAAUUGGGAGAAGUGCCAAGUCUUACUGUGAGCACACAGCCAGGACCCAGCCCACACUGUCAGAUAUCGUGGUCACGCUUGUUGAGAUGGGUUUCAAUGUGGACACUCUCCCUGCUUAUGCAAAACGGUCUCAGAGGAUGGUCAUCACUGCUCCUCCGGUGACCAAUCAGCCAGUGACCCCCAAGGCCCUCACUGCAGGGCAGAACCGACCCCACCCGCCGCACAUCCCCAGCCAUUUUCCUGAGUUCCCUGAUCCCCACACCUACAUCAAAACUCCGACGUACCGUGAGCCCGUAUCAGACUACCAGGUUCUGCGGGAGAAGGCUGCAUCCCAGAGGCGCGAUGUGGAGCGGGCACUUACCCGUUUCAUGGCCAAGACAGGCGAGACUCAGAGUCUUUUCAAAGAUGACGUCAGCACAUUUCCAUUGAUUGCUGCCAGACCUUUCACCAUCCCCUACCUGACAGCUCUUCUUCCAUCUGAACUGGAGAUGCAACAAAUGGAAGAGACAGAUUCCUCAGAGCAGGAUGAACAGACAGACACAGAGAACCUUGCUCUUCAUAUCAGCAUGGAGGAUUCUGGAGCCGAGAAGGAGAACACCUCUGUCCUGCAGCAGAACCCCUCCUUGUCGGGAAGCCGGAAUGGGGAGGAGAACAUCAUCGAUAACCCUUAUCUGCGGCCUGUGAAGAAGCCCAAGAUCCGCAGGAAGAAGGAGAACAACUUCAUUCUUAACAUACCCUACAAACCAGGAAACAAGUUUUUAAGGAAGAUGCUGGGCAUGCUGAUACCUUUUUUGGCCUCCUAAGGAAGAGCUUUUAAAACUAAAUCCAAGGAAGAAAAAUGCAACGACACAUGGAAGUGAACACUGGAUUAAUAAGCUGUUUCACAAGUUAGAAUCCUAACGUCCAUAUUUAACUUCAUGUGUUCCCCUUUGGCUUCCACAGUUCAACUCCUUUUGUUUUGAGACAGGGUCUCGCUGUGUUGCCCCAGCUGGAGUAUAGUGGCGCUACCUCGGCUCACUUCAACCUCCACUCCCCGGGUUCAAGCGAUUCUCAGAGUAGCUGGGAUUACAGGUGCCUGCCACCACGCCUGGCUAAUUUUUUUUUUUUUUUUUUUGUAUUUUUAGUAGACACGGGAUUUUGCUAUGUUGCCCGGGCUGGUCUUGAACUCCUGGCCUCAAGUGAUCCACCCGCCUUGGCCUUCCAAAGUGUCGGGAUUACAGGCGUGAGCCACGGUGCCCAGCCCAUCUCUUAGUCUUCCAUUCCCUUGGUGAAUCUGGAAACUUGAAAAACUUGGGGACUUGACAGCAGGCUCCAUGUUCUUCUGGCCUCACUGUACUGUGUAAGGAAAGAGCUGCUUGUCAGGAACUGAAGAGGGGACGCUAGUAAAAAUAAAUUGGAUUCCCUGACUGGACUAAAUAGGAGGUUUUCAGGUUUGUAGUAACCUGAAACUCUCCUAGAUCGAAGCAGUUAGACUGGCCUAUGUGGCCUUCUCAGGGUUUGUGAUUCAGUUCUUAGCGAUUCUUGGCCUGGUAAGUUUAUGAACACAGCACCACAUUCAAGCUGUGGCCAAUCACAGCUGUUCUCACUGCUCUUGGGAGGUGUUGUCCCAGUCAGUGUUUCUGCAGCUUCCAUUUGUUGUUAUUAUCCAGUGUAAGCGCCUGUUGAAUGCAGAUGUGCUGAGUUAUAGGUGGGAUUUGGAAAAGGGCUGCUGUUUCUGCUGUUGAGAUUUCAGAGGCUGUACUCUUUUUUUUUUCUUUUCUUUUCUUUUUUUUUUUUUUUUGAGACGGCAUCUCACUCUUAUCGCCCAGGCUGGAGUGCAAUGGCGUGAUCUCGGCUCACUGCAACCUCCACCUCCUGGGUUCAAGGGAUUCUCCUGCCUCAGCCUCCCGAGUAGCUGGGAUUACAGGCACCUACCACAACUCUCGGCUAAUUUUUUUUGUAUUUUUGGUAGAGACGGGGUUUCACCAGGUUGGCCAGGGUGGUCUCCAAUACCUGACCUCAGGUGAUCCACCCACCUCGGCCUCCCAGUAGGGGUGGGAUUACAGGCCUCCUCGGCCUCCCGGUGGGGGUGGGAUUACAGGCCUCCUCGGCCUCCCAGUGGGGGUGGGAUUACAGGCCUGAGUCACCGCGCCUGGUCUCAGAGGCUGUACUCAUAAUUUUGUUCUGAGGGGAGACAGGGAAAGGGUUAGACAAUUUGAAACAUUGACCCUGUAUAGCUGGGCGCGGUGGCUCACGCUUGUAAUCCCAGCACUUUGGGAGGCCGAGGCGGGCGGAUCACGAGGUCAGGAGAUCGAGACCACGGUGAAACCCCGUCUCUACUAAAAAUACAAAAAAUUAGCCGGGCGUGGUGGCGGGCGCCUGUAGUCCCAGCUACUCGGAGAGGCUGAGGCAGGAGAAUGGCGUGAACCCGGGAGGCGGAGCUUGCAGUGAGCCGAGAUUGCGCCACUGCACUCCAGCCUGGGUGACAGAGCAAGACUCCGUCUCAAAAAAAAAAAAAGAAACAUUGACCCUGUAUAAAAAUGCAUAAUUCUCAAUGUGUAUUUAUAAAUUUCUAUUUUUUAUAACUUUAUGGGACUUCUUAGAGACAAAAAGUAGUAAACACGCAGAUUAAAAAUGUUUAUGAAAAUCUCAAUAAAAAUUCAUAAUAAAAACUUUGUAAAUAAAUAGAACUGUAAGCUUUGAACUUAAUUUGUGUUCAAAAGUUAACAGCAAUGUGGACAAAUAAGUCAGGCUUAGCCCUUGUGUUGGCCUAAGCACACCUGGGAACUUGGUAAAACUUUUAUUUUGGAAAUUUUCAAAUACAAAAUUAGCAAAAUAUAUGAACCCCUGUAUAUGCCUCACCAAGCUUCCACACUUAUCAAUAGCUUGUUGAUUCUGUUUCAUCUGUUUCUCCCACUUUUUGUCCUUUAUUUUCUUUCCUGCUGGAGUAGUGUGUGUGUGUGUGUGUGUGUGUGUGUGUGUGACGCAGUUUCGUUCUUGUUGCCCAGGCUGGAGUGCAAUGGUGCAAUCUUGGCUCACUGCAACCUCCGCCUCCUGGGUUCAAAUGAUUCUCCUGCCUCAGCUUCCUGAGUAGCUGGGAUUAUAGGUACCUACCACCAUGCCUGGCUAAUUUUUUUUUGGAGAUGGAGUCUCGCUCUGUUGCCCAGGCUGGAUUGCAGUGGAUUGUCAAGAUUGCGGUGGUGCAAUCUCGGCUCACUGCAAGCUCCGCCUCCCGGGUUCACGCCAUUCUCCUGCCUCAGCCUCCCAAGUAGCUGGGACUACAGGUGCCUGCCACCACGCUUGGCUAAUUUUUUGUAUUUUUCAGUAGAGACAGAGUUUCACCGCGUUACCCAGGAUGGUCUCCAUCUCCUGACCUCAUGAUCCGCCCGCCUCGGCCUCCCAAAGUGCUGGGAUUACAGGCAUGAGCCACCACACCUGGCCUAAUUUUUUGUAUUUUUAGUAGAGAUGGGGUUUCACCAUGUUGGCCAGACUGGUCUCCAACUCCUGACCUCAGGUGAUCACCUGCCUCAGCCACCUAAAGUGCUGAGGUUACAUGCGUGAGCCACCGCUCCUGGCUCUUAUGGAGUAUUUUUAAAUGCAAACCCCAGACCUGUGUCAUUUAAUCUAAAAGUGUCUAUACAUAUCUCUGAUCUUUCUUUAAAUUUUAAUUUUGGAAUAAUUAUAGAUUCACAAGGUGUUGCAAAAAAUGUUGAGAGAGAUCCUAUGUACCCAUCACCCACUUUCUCCCAGUGGUAGCAUCUUGUAUAACUGUAGUGCAGUAUCAAAACCCUUGCAUUCAGUUUCAGUGUACAAUGUGGAUUGUAUAUUAGUACAAUCCAUAGAGCUUAUUUAGUUUUCACCAUGUGCACGUGUGUGUGUUAUGUGUGUGUUGUUCUGUGCAGUUUCAUCGUGUAGAUUUGUGUAACCACCACCACACAAAUGGUGGAGACACAGAACCACUGCGUCAGUACAGUUCUCCCUCGUGCUGUCUGUUUGUAGUCACAUCCACCUCUCUGCUCUUCCACUUCUCUCCUGGCAGCCACUACUCUGUUCUCUAUCUCUAAUGUUAUUGAAAGAAUGUUAUAAAUUGAAUCAUAAAGUAUGUCACUUUUUUCUUUUUCUUUUUGAGACAGAGUCUUGCUCCAUCGCCUAGGCUGGAUGGAGUGCAGUGGAGUGAUCCUGGCUCACUGCAACUCCUCUACCUCCUGGGUUCAAGAGAUUCUCCUGCCUCAGCCUCCCCAAGUAGCUGGGAUUACAGGCAUGUGCCACCACACCCAGCUAACUUUUGUAUUUUUAGUAGAGAUGGGGUUUCACCAUGUUGGCUAGGUUGGUCUCCAACUCCUGACCUCAAGUGAUCUGCCCACCUCAGCCUCCCAAAGUGCUAGGAUUACAGGCAUGACCCACCGCACCUGGCCAAGUAUGAGACUUUUUGACGUUGGCUUUUUCAGUUCUGCAUAAUUCUCUUGAGGUCCAUCUAGGUGGUUUUGUGUAUCAGUAGUUCCUUUCUUUUUAUUGCUGAGUAGCAUGGAUGCACCAUAGUUUAACACAGUUUCCUUAACCGUUCACACAUUGAGAGACAUCUGGGCUGUUUCCAAUUUGGGGCUACUCUGAAUAAAGCUGCUAUAACACUGUAUACAGGUUUUUUGUGUAAACAAAAGUUUUAGUUUCUCUGCAAUAAAUACCUAAGAAUGCAAUUGCUGGGUCCUAUGGUAACUGCGUAUUUAAUUUUGUAAGAAACUGACAAAAUCAUUUCCCAAAGCCGGUGUACUAUAUAUAUGUGUGUGUGUGUGUGUGUGUGUGUGUGUGUAUAUAUUUUGUUUUGUUUUGUUUUGUUUUUAGACAGCCUCACUCUGUUGCCAGGCUGGAGUGCAGUGGUGUAAUCUUGGCUCACUGCAACCUCCACCUCCCGGUUCAAGUGAUUCUCCUGCCUCAACCUCCCGAGUAGCUGGGACUACAGGUGCAUGCCACCACUCCUGGCUAAUUUUUGUAUUUUUAGUAGAGGCGGGGUUUCACCAUGUUGUCCAGGGUGGUCUUGAACUCCUGACCUUGAAUGAUCCACCCACCUCGGCCUCCCAAAGUGAUGGGAUUACAGGCAGGAGCCACUGUGCCCAGCUGGCUGUACCAUUUUUUAAAUUCUCCCUAGUGAUGUUGAGUGAUCCAGUGUCUCUACAUCCUCUCGAGUAUUCAGUGUUAUUUUUUAUUUUAGCCAUUCUGAUGGGUGUGUUGUAAUAUCUUAUGUUGAUUUGCAUUUUCUUAAUGUCUAACCUUUCCCUCUGCAUCACAGCCCCAGUUCUGGCUUUGGAGUGAGGAUUCUCAGCAAGCCCCUUUCCUCUGUUUCUGACCAGGAGGCAGUUAAGUGGUGAUUGGCGGGGUUAUUCUGAGAGACCAGUAGCAACACUGGCUGGCUUUCAGGGAAACAAGUGUGAAAGAUGUACCUGAGUGGGGCCGGGCACGGUGGCUCACGCCUGUAAUCCCAGCACUUCUCACGCCUGUAAUCCCAGCACUUUGGGAGGCCAAGGCGGGUAGAUCAUGAAGUCAGGAGUUCAAGACAAGCCUGGCCAACGUGGUGAAACCCCAUCUCUACUAAAAUUACAAAAAUUAGCUGGGCAUGGUGGUGGGUGCCUGUAAUCCCAGCUACUCGGGAGGCUGAGGCAGAGAAUUGCUUGAACCCAGUAAGCAGAGGUUGCAGUGAGCCAAGAUCGCACCACCGCACUCCAGCCUGGGCGACAGAGCAAGACUCCGUCUCCAGAAAAAAAAAAAAAGAUCCUGAGCUUUGUUUUUCUGGCAUCUUGAAGUCACUCUACUUCUAUUCGUGUGGCUCAGUAAAAUAAGGCUUGGUGACAUUCGUAUGCAUUGUCCACCACUUAACCACCUAUGGAUCUGGGGCAAAUCACUAAACUUCCAAAUCAGUUGUACAGAACGGGAUCAUUAGGAUACCUUGUUGAGGGGAUUUCAUGGAAUGUCUUUACCAUUAAAAUAAAGUAUGGCCAUGCUUUAUA